AUGGAAGUGUCCGGGCGUAAGGAGGACUUGGCUCAACCCCAGUCAGAUGCAUCCAAGAAUGCAAAUCAGAUUUACUGCGAUCCAUGUCAACACGAUGGCCACCAGCUGCCUGCAGACGGAUACUGUGUAGAUUGUCGAGAAUACUUGUGUUCGGCGUGCUAUAGUAUCCAUCGACGACCGGCUGUAUGGAGACACCACCAGCUUCUAGAUGCUCAAGCAAUGCCGAAAAUCAAACCGGCAACAAAAGUGAAAGAUACAUGUACGGAUGUUUGCCAAAAACAUACAGAAAAAAUCAUUGAAUACUUCUGCAAUGAGCAUGAAACUUUCGGGUGUUCCGCAUGUAUGACGACAGGUCAUCGUGCUUGUAUUAAAGUCGAUUAUAUCCCGGAAGUUGCUGUUACAUACGACACAAGUACGGAGCUUACUGAAACGCAAGAAUAUCUUUUGGAAUUAUUCAAGAUGAACGAGAACAACAAAUCUGACACACUAAGUAAAUCUAAAGCGGUUGAUCUUCAUGCCAAACGAGCAAAGGCGCAGAUAAUGAAAUUGAGGACAGAAGUGAUUACGUUAUUUGAAAGACUUGAAAAGGACAUUGACAAGUCAGUCGAUGAUAUAAAGAGCAGGGACGAGGCAAAGAUGACAAAGCUAGCGAAUGAAACAGAAAUAAUUUCUAACGAUCUUCAAAAUUAUAUAUCUGAAAUUGAAACAAAAGUAAACGAGCGGAAGAUUUGUCAGUUGUUCAUUGCGACAAAAUGCAUGAAGGAAUCUAUUGACAAGAUAGCGCAGGAGAUAAAAAGAGUAGCUGAAAACGAAAGUAUUCAAAGAUAUGUCUUUGAGCCAGACCAAGUGAUCGUUGACAUGAAGCAAAAACUUAAAGGAAUUGGCACACUUAAAUGUCUAGAUACACAUGCUAAGGUUGCUGAGUUCGAAGGUGAAGUCAACGUCAAAGCAGCAGAUGAUAACAAUGAAUGUAAUAUAACUGGAAUGACUUUACUUUCUGAAAAUAAGCAACUUGUCGUUGCCGAUACAAGAAACCGAGCUGUUAAACUUUUGGAUGUUGAACAGAAACAGUUCACUUCCAUUUACAAAACGGGAGAUAUUGUUUUAAAGCAGCCAUUCGAUGUGGCAGAAGUUGAACAUCGGCAGAUUGCUGUUUCCUAUCCUUCUGCCAGGGCAAUUGAGUUCCUUACUAUAUCAGAGUCCGGAAGUUUUAAGUUUGAUAGAGCUAUAAAUGCAACAGGACAAUGUCAUGGCAUUACGUGUAUCGGAAGUAAUUUGGUCGUGUCGUUCAAUAAUCCAUCGGUAGUGAAGAUACUUACUACAAAUGGAAGAGUUAUCAAGAUGAUAGAAGGAAACUUUGAGUACCCAGAUUAUAUAGCAGUGAAUCCUGUCCGCGAUACAAUUUACAUUUCAAACGGGAGUGGGUUUUCAGGUUCAGUAACAUGUGUUACAAACGAAGGAAAGGUAAACACUGCAACGGAAGGUGAUCAUUUAGGAAGGCCUCAUGGUAUCAUUGUUGACAAAACAGGCUCAGUGCUUGCAUGUUGUCAAUUUAAAGAUAGUAUUUUACAGCUGUCUGAAGACUGUGAAGUAACAACAGAACUUUUGAACAAAAGCGAUGGCAUAAGAAAUCCAAAAUGCAUUGCCAAAAGUAAACAGGACACACUGUAUAUAGGAAUGGAUGGUGACAGAAUCAGCAUGUUUAAGCUAUAUUAG